UGCGACAAAAAGUUCAAUUUCCAUUCGUACUUUACUGUGACAACGUCGUAGUUAAAAACCAGUGGAAGUAACGCAUAAACAAAAAUAAAAACUUUCAUCCAAAAAGAAAACUCUAGAGAGAGAAACAACAACUGAAAGGCCAUACCUACAAUAAUAAACAAGAUCUCAAUUAUAUACAUACGUACAUAUAUAAGAAGAAACAAAAAACAUGUCUGAGGCGUACUUUGAUGAAUACGAGCACUACAACUUCGACCAUGGCAAACACAUCUUUUCGGGCCACAGCGGCAAACAGCGCUCCAAGAAGGAGGCCAGCGAGCACACCAACCACUUUGACCCGUCGGGCCACUCGAGGAAAAUUUUAACCAAACUCAUGAACACCAACAACAACAAAAAGAUUUUGAAGAACUGAUACACCAGGUGUACAAAGAAAGAGACACUAACACAUCGAGUGGCUUGAGAGUGUAAAAAAGAAAGAACAAAAAAAAAAAAAAAAAAAAAAUACUGAAUUGAAAUUGCAAAUCGAAAAAAAAGGAAAGAGCAUAAGGAAGAAAUUUAAAAGCAACCCAAGAGGAAAAAGGAGGGAAGAGAAUUGAAGCUGCUUCGGCGGCAGCUGGCACUGUCGGCUGUCGCUGAAAAAAACACUGGAAUUACGUAUUUGAAUAUAAUACUAGUUUUUACAAUUUCCUAAACUUAAUUUAGUUACGGACUUAUAAUUUAGUCUUAAGCUUAGUUCGUUUCAAAUUAUGAAGUUAUGAAGUUUGCUUUAGGUAUAAUUUAUCAAAUAAAAAUGAAAACUAAUAUAGAGA